AUGGUUGACGGCUUGGAGAGAGGAAUGUUUUGCGGCGAUGAGGAAAGUGUCGGUGACGGUGACAGUGAGACCCGCGCUCGGGCUUUGCUGCAGCGGCUUCACCAGCAGGUCAGGGCCAGGCAGCAGCCGGGGGUCAGCCCCGCGGCCCCGGGGGAGGCGGGAGGCCCGCGCUGUGGGCCGGUGGCAGGUGCGCACAGCCAAACAACUCCGAGGAAACGAGAAGCAAAUGACCAGACGAAAAGCUCAGGGAAAAGGAGAAGGAAAACAGAGUAUCUGCUGAAUGAUCCUCAAGAGCGCGGAGAGGAAACUGAUGGCCGAGCAUUGAACUGUCCAGAGGAAGGCAGCAAAGCCCCCACUGCCGAACAGGACAACGUGAAGAAGGAAUUGCUCUCCGCAAAAAAGAGGAUGAGUGUCGGAAAGGAAAGGAAAAAGAGAGAAAAGGAGAAAGAAUCUGUAGAUAAAACGCUGGACCCUGGAACUGAAUCAGAUUUGACAGAUACAGCUGUGAAGCAAACAGAUUCACCUAAAAAGAACGGAGAGAUGGCAGAUCCUGAGCACCAGCAAAAAAGUGCUGCCAAUGUGCAUCAGAGUGAAGAGAAUUCAGCUCCCCAACCCAGUCUGACUAUUCUAGGUGGUUUCAAGAAGAAACCUAUCCAAAAGGUGCAACGGACCCUGCCCCAGUGGCUCUCCAACCCCAUGCUGGUCAACAGAGACAUCAAACAGCAUUUGACACCGAUUGAGGCUGUGCCUGGAAUCCAUCCCAAACUACUUCGGAAGCUGCAGGGCAAUGGCAUCCACUUCUUCUUCCCUGUUCAGGCUGAGGUCAUCCCCAUGGUGCUGGAGAGUGCAAAGCAUGGGCUCAUGUUGGGGCGCGGGGGCUACAGGCCAAGUGACAUCUGUGUGUCUGCACCAACUGGCAGCGGGAAAACUCUGGCCUUCCUUAUCCCUGUCCUUCAGGCGCUGAUGGACCGUGCUGUUUGCAGAAUUCGAGCUCUGGUGGUGCUCCCAACUAAAGAACUGGCUCAGCAGGUGUGUAAAGUUUUCAAUGUUUAUGCUGACGGCACGGGUGUGAGGGUAGUGUUGAUGGCUGGACAGAAAUCAUUUGCUGUGGAACAGACCUCUCUUGUUGAGCACACAAUUGAAGGCUACCGCAGUCUGGUAGAUAUUGUCGUUGCCACACCCGGUCGUCUUGUGGACCACAUUGCAAGAACACCCGGAUUUAGCCUGCAACAUCUGAGAUACUUGGUAAUCGAUGAAGCAGACACAAUGAUUGACAGUAUGCACCAAGACUGGCUAAUGCAGGUGGUAAAGGCAGUGUAUCAAGCGGAUGCAAACUUAGCUGCUGGCAAACUGUUCAGGAGAACAGAGCCCGGUCUCUGCACAGCACAGAGCAGCACGUGUGUGCAGAUGCCGCUGCAGAAGCUACUGUUCUCUGCUACCCUUACCCCAAAUCCUGAGAAACUGCAACAGUUGUCACUUUACCAGCCUCAGCUAUUUACCUCAACUUACACUGCACCGGGGCAAUGCAGGCCCCAGAGCCAAGGCCAUCACUCAGUGGAUCAAAUGGAAAUGAAGUACACCCUGCCAGAGGGGCUGACUGAAUUCUAUGUCCCGUGCCAACUCAACAAGAAGCCUCUAAUAAUCUUGUACUUCAUGUUGAGAAUGAGGUUCCGACGUGUGCUGUGUUUCACUAACUCCAGGGAAGCCUCUCACAGGUUAUAUGUUUUGAUCCGUGCGUUUGGUGGCAUUGAAGUUGCGGAAUUUUCCUCCAGACUUUCUCCUCAAGAAAGACGGAAAACCCUGAAAAUGUUUGAGCAAGGAAAACUACAACUACUGAUCAGCACUGAUGCAACCGCCAGAGGGAUUGAUAUUAAAGAAGUCAUGUGCGUGAUUAAUUAUGAUGCUCCACAAUUCAUUAGGACAUACAUCCACAGAGUUGGGAGGACGGCUCGGGCUGGGAAGGCUGGUCUAGCAUUCACAUUCCUCUUACAUGUCCAGGAGGAAAGAUUCCUUCAGAUGAUGAAGGAUGCUGGCAGCAAAGAGUUGAAGAAGCAGUUGGUGAAACAUGAAAACCUGACCCCACUGAUCCCACGCUAUGAGGAAUCCUUGCUGGAUCUCAAGCGUGCCCUAAAGGAUGAACAAAGGAAGCUUGGAAAAUGAAUCUAUAUAAACAGGAAUGUUUGAUACUCAUAAGGACAGAGAAGAGUCCGACAUUGUCGCAUGCUUCUCAGGAGGCCUUCAUUGCUGUAAUACCCAUCAUUCAAACUGAUGAAACAUUGCCUUUUAUAUGUAUUUAUAUAAAAUUGCCAGUUACAAGCAAUAAAAAACUGGUGGAA